UUAUCAGGAGGAGGGGGGGAGAGGGCGAGUUUCUGUCGCCUAAUUUUUAUUUAUUGCUUGUUAUUUUUUAAAUAAUUCUAACAGUUUUAUCCUGACCGUAAGUUUUUUUUUGAGACAGAACCGUAAAAUUCAGCCAAAAGGAGUCGAAAAGUAGUUGUUUUAAGUUUCAGAGAAAGAGAGACCCUAGCAUUGAGGAAAAAAACAACAAAAGGACCCCAAAUCAUGCCCUCAGUGAUGGAGCGCUCUGGGGCUGGGGUCCUGUCAAGGAGCAGGGCCAAAACAGUCACUAAUGGAAACAGCCAACCUCACUCCGAGGAGGAGAGCAGCGAUGAAGAGCACGCUCAUGACAGCAUGAUCAGAGUCGGGGGAGACUACCAAGCCCAGAUCCCAGAGUUCAAACCAGACAGUCCAACCCGCUACAAUGAGAAGGACCAGAGGAGCAUGCUGGUCUGGUGUCCCAACAGCCAGCUCUCAGACACAAUGUUGGAUGAGUACAUCCUAAUGGCUAAAGAAAAACACGGAUACAACAUGGAGCAGUCUUUGGGGAUGUUAUUAUGGCACAAACACGACGUGGAGCGCUCCCUGGCCGACCUGGCCAACUUCACGCCUUUUCCAGACGAGUGGACGGUUGAGGACAAGGUGCUGUUUGAGCAGGCCUUCAGCUUCCAUGGCAAGAGCUUCCACCGCAUCCAGCAGAUGCUUCCAGACAAACUGAUCUCCAGCUUAGUAAAAUACUACUACAGCUGGAAGAAGACCAGGUCCAGAACCUCAGUGAUGGACCGACAGGCCAGGAGGCUCAUCAACAAGAGAGAGAAGGAUGACAGCAAUGAUGAGAUUGAGGAAGGAGAGCCUGGUGAUGACAGCGACUUUGAGGUUGAUGCCAAAAAAGAGGCAGUAAAACAGAACACAAACAGCACCAGUUCAGACAAAGCCAUCCCCAGCCGGUCUGGGCCAGUGAAGAAGGAAAGCAUCGGGGCUCAAUACAGACAUCACCCGCUUAGAGCUCGCCGCAGACCACCCAAAGGCAUGCACCUCGACCAAACGGACAUCACAGCUCUGUCCACCUCUCAAGACGCUGGAGUUCUGUCCAUACGUCAGCUGGACGGACAGUUGGUGUCGCUCAAGAGACAGGUUCAGGCGGCCAAACAGACCAACAGCAGUUUGAAACAGAGCCUGACUGAAGGUGUUGAUGCAUUCAGACCUGCAGAGCCUGCCCCAAAGAUGAACUCUCGUUGGACCACAGAGGAGCAGCUGCUGGCUGUGCAGGCCAUUCGUCGUUAUGGUAAAGACUUUACAGCCAUUGCUGAGGUGAUCGGGACCAAGACGGCCCCUCAGGUGAGCUCGUUCUUCGUUAGCUACAGGCGCCGCUUCAACCUUGACGAGGUGCUGAGGGAGUGGGCCGCCGAGCAGGUGGCCACCAGCAGAGACCAGAGGGACCCCCGAAGGAGCAGUGAGGAGGUGGCAGCUCCAGACGGAGGAGCUGAGGAGGAGGAGGAAGAGGUCAAGAUGGAAGACUCCCCACCAGAUCCGACCAGCAGCUCCUCUCCCCCCUCUGCCUCAGUCACUCCUUCCUCCCUCUCCCAGCCUCCCCCUCUACUGCGCCCAGCUCCCCCCUCUGCACCACCGAGCCUCCUCCGCCAACCGCCUCCUCUUCAGACGCGGCCACUCCAAAGCAGAGCGCCACAUAACCACCCUCCCCCUCCGCUCAUCCGGCCUGCAGUGACCUCCUCCUCUAGCCUCAGGGGCUCUCCUCCCAGCUCCUCCUCUUCCACUGGAUGCCAGAUGCCUCCAUCACUGGUCGGCAUCAAAGUGGAGCAGCCCAACUCGCACUGAUGCAUUGGUUUGGGCACAAAAUAAAGCAAAUUGGCAUCUUCACACUCAGGUCCUUAAAAUGACCUUGUUCCCACACCUGUAAAACAGCUACCUCCAAACCUCAGCUCCACAUCCGGCCGACAGGUAGAAACUAGAGGUUAACACUAAACACACCAGUCGCUUCCUCAACCUAAAGCUUUUGGAUAAACUAAGACUGAAAUACCGCUGCACCAUCCUGGUCGUAAGAGUUUUUCCCCUAUCUGAGCCAAACCUGCUUUUUGAGACGGGUCACGUGAAGAAAAUGGCUUUUUGAGUUUUGCUUUAAAUUUUUUAGAUCUUCAAAGAAGA